GUGGAUUGUCCAAUUAUCAAAUCCAUUUUUCCCACAUCGCCCAUUUUAAUUCUACACCAAAAUGGCGAUAUUCGAUGAAGCAUUACAUCAAAAUUUUACCAAAAAUUAUGAAUCAAAUAUAAUUGAAUCAACAAUCAAUAGUAAUAGUGAUGAAGGUGAUCCAAGCAGCGGUGGUGGUAGUAACCAUCAAAUUUUCGAUAAUUUUCCAUUAACAACAACAGCAUGGUCCACAAUUAUAUCGAGUAGUUUAAGUGAUUUAGAAUCGUUAGAAUCACAAUAUACACCAUAUAAUGAACGACCAGAAACAUAUAUUGUACCAAUUGUAUUUGCGAUUAUAUUUGUUGUGGGUGUGCUGGGUAAUGGAACAUUGGUUAUAGUUUUUUUACGACAUCGAAAUAUGAGAAAUAUGCCGAAUACGUAUAUACUAUCGUUAGCAUUAGCAGAUUUAUUGGUAAUCGUUACAUGUGUUCCAUUCACGUCAACUGUCUACACAUUAGAAUCGUGGCCAUGGGGUGAAGCUGUUUGUAAAUUAUCGGAAUGUGCAAAAGAUAUUUCCAUUGGUGUCUCAGUAUUCACUCUAACAGCAUUAUCGGCAGAACGAUAUUGUGCAAUUGUUAAUCCGUUACGACGAUUUCAGACAAAGCCAUUAACAGUCUUCAGCGCAAUAUUUAUAUGGCUAUUAGCAAUUUUAUGUGCGAUGCCUGGCGCAAUUGUCAGUAAUGUUGAAGAAAUAUCAUUAAGUUUAAACAAAAGUAUUUUAGUUUGUUCACCGUUUCCUCCGGGUGAUUUCGAUAAUAACACACAAUAUUAUGCCAAAUAUAAUGUCGUUGCAAAAGCAUUAAUUUAUUAUAUCGUUCCAUUAUGUGUGAUUGCAGUUUUUUACGGUUUAAUGGCAUAUCGUUUACAUAUUAGCGCACGUGAUAUGCCUGGUGAGUUAGCUGGAGCACAAAGUGUAACGCAGGCACGUGCACGACGUCAUGUUGCUCGUAUGGUAUUGGCAUUUAUUUUGGUAUUCUUCGUCUGUUUCUUACCAUACCAUGUGUUUAUGUUAUGGUUUCAUUUACAUCCAACAUCAAAAGAUGAUUUCGAUGAAAAUUGGAAUGUACUUCGUAUUGUUGGAUUUUGUUUAAGUUUUAUACAUUCCUGUGUGAAUCCAGUUGCAUUAUAUUGUGUCAGUGGUGUAUUCCGUCAAUAUUUCAAUCUAUACUUAUGCUGUCGUGACACACGCCGUGUUUCACAACGUGGUCAACCAUCGAUCAACAUGAAUUGUGAAACAAGUUUUAAUUCUACAUUCCGCCGUCAUACACAAAUCACACAGGAUGCAUUUACAACGGACACGACCGCAGGCGGUAUCAAUAAUAAACAAAGUAUUUAUCGUAAACAAUAUUUAGCACGACAAAAUACCCAGAAUACAUCGAUUUUAUCGUUGGACACAACAAAUAAUCAUACAAAUCGUAUUUUAAAUAAUAAAGAUGUCGAUUUUAACGAUAUCGAUAUAAUACGUAAAGGUAUGAUUGAUGAUCAUCAUACGCCAACAAUUAUAACGGAUGAGCAACAACGAUGUCGUACAAAUGGUAACACGUAUGGAAGUUGAAAAUACGAUAAAAAUGGUUUGGUAACACCGAUUUUAAUGACAUCAAACGAUAUUAAUCGUAAACGAAAAGUACAAUUAUUUGUAGCAAACAAUCAAACCAGACAUCUUGUGGUGAAA